GGCGUCAACUGAUAGAAUUAUCCUGCCGGUGGGCUGCUCUUGCCAGACGCCUUUAAGAGCUGGCUGACAGGUGGGAGUUCAACAGACAGAAAGUUUUCCUCCGAAGAUGUGGGACGACAUCGAGCUUCUGACAAGUGACGAUACGGGAAGUGGGCAGCUGAACGUACAUUCCAGGCAAGAAUGUGGAAGCGCGCUGUAUCAGAUGAGGACGCUGGCAAAGAUAACCUCGUCCCAAAAGGUUUUAUCUAACCCGGAAUUAAAUGCCUACAGUUUGAACGAUGGCUGUGUUCUGGUGGCUGACAGAACGGUGGUGGUACUCGACAAUAUUUGUCAGUCCCUUCAAAUGUUUGUUCAUUUUGAAACAGAGGUGGAUGUUGUUGGCUUGUGUCAAGAAGGGCAAUUCCUUGUCGCAGGCGAGAGAAGUGGGAACUUGCACCUGAUUCAAGUAUCUUCAAAGCAGACCGUGCUAACUAAGGGGUUAGUUCAAAGUUCUUCAGAUGAAAAGGCCUUUUUGGAUCUUAUUCUAGAAAUGGACAGUUCUGUUGAAGGUAACUAUCAUGCAUUUAUUCUGACCAACAAAGGCUUUUUCUGUAUCAUGCAUCUUCCACUUGCCAACAUUCAGAAAGCAAUUAUCGAAAUGGACAUCAGUACUGCAAAGAAGCUACAAAGCCAGGUGGAAGCAUGUUUCAUUUCAGCGGAAGGUUAUCACACCGCUGGCUGCCUUGCUUCUGUGACGAAGGACACCGCCAACAGCUUUGGUCUGAUAAUAGGGGGCGUUGGUGACUGUGCAAUAUCUGUAUGGGAGGUGAGCCCUAAUAAAAAGCUGGUUUCUAUUCAAAAUGUUGCUGAUUCAAGCAUGAUUAAAGCUGCAAAGAAGCUUCAAGUUGUGGAGAACUUGCUGUUCGUCCUAGAUAAUGAGGACGUGCUGUCCUUGUGGGACAUCCACUCGCUUACUCUGACGUGGGACUGCCCUUUAGUUCCCAUUGAAGAAUUUCUUUUGACCUCAGAAUCAGAUUUUUCCACAGGAGCAGGACUGGGGACUGCCAAUCUUAAGCUGGUUGCCCUGACAACACCGGACUACGUCGAACAGAUGAAGAGCAUUGUGGUUUUUUCACUGCCUGCCAUGCACCAGCUCUACGCCUUGGAAGUCACUCCCGCUUCCACACUGGUUCAGGGUGUAAUAAAUACGGAUACAAUUUACUUUAUGGAGGGAAUGUAUGAAAACAACCAAAAGUCUUCGACUGAUCCGGUCUCACUCCUGCUAAUAAGAAGCUUAACAGAAGCCUUACCUGAGAACAGGCUAAGCCGCUUGCUGCACAAGCACCAGUUCCCUGUGGCCGAGAGUUUCGCUCUUCAGUUUGGACUGGAAGUUGAGCUUGUCUACAAAGUGAAAGCAAACACUAUUUUGGAAAGGUUGGCUUCUGCUGGCAGUGAGGAUCAAUCAGCCUGGCUAGAACUUGUGCCUCAAGCUAAGGAAACCUUGAAUAAAAUAAAGGAUAACCAAUUUGUGGUUGAGUACUGCAUAAAUACGCCUUGGCCCACAUACGAUACAGCUCAGGAAAUGCUGGAUUAUGCUCGAAUGAGGAUCCUAAAGAAAGAAGAUGGGGCCAUUACUCAUCUCUUGAACGUGGAUCCUGCCUCGCUCCUUACAGAGGUGCUGCAAACACAGGCAAAACUGACUUCAUUUUAUGGGGCUUUCGGGCCAGAGAAAUACAGCGGAAUGGCUUGGUUUGAAUUCCUCAACAAUAAGAACCUCUUCGGCCACGUUCUGUUACAGCUCAAAAGAGGAAACCUCAGUUCUGCCCAGUAUCUCUGGUUAAGGCAUCAGGCAGAGUUAGAAAGAAGCUUUAGUCUGGAAAUGCUGGAUGACCUGAUUGACUCACUCCUUGUGACUCUUCCUCUUAAAGAGCUGUGUUUGUGGCUUAAGGAAAUUGUCAUUCCUUUCAUAAGGCGGGUCCUACCUCAAGGACAGAAAAGAAUAGCAAAGUGGUUGGAAGAACGUGCUCGAAGCCUCGAAUUAACUGACAAGGCCAACUGGCCAGAAAACGGACUUGAAAUGGCGCAGGUGCUUUUCACCAGCAAAGAUGUAGGUGAGAUUGGAUUGACGUCUUUCUCCCACUGGGAUUUUCUGAAGGACAGCAAUGACAAGGAGAUCCGUCGUCUUAUGGAACUGGUUGGAGCGUUACGGAAUUUGGUAGAUCUCUACAGGAAAUACAACUGCAGGCUAGCUCUCUGUGACUUUGAAAAGGAAAACACAAACACAAUAGUGUUCUAUAUGCUCGACAAAGUUCCAGCAGCAGAACUACUUCCGGCCGCUUUAGAGAAGUACAUCGAACCGUACAUGCGUCACCACAAUCUGGAAAAAGAUGAAAUCCUCCUGCAGUACAUAAAGGACUUGCUGCGACGCUACUGCACGCAGUCUACGUCCAUUUUCGACACGACGUGGGAAGCCAAAGCCAUCGCCGUCUUGGGCUGCAUGUCCAACGUAGAGCUGGUCUUCGAAGGGGUGCUGGCCGUAAUGCGUAGCGCCGUGGUCCCCUGGAGCCCAGGUGUGGAAGAACUAGUUCGGCAAUACCUGGGCAUGGAUCACGCCAAGGUGAAGCUCCUUGAAGAAGGUUACAGACUGAUGGAAAUGAAGAAGCUUUUGCGGAGCUAUGGAAUAAGAGACACCAACCUUCUGAAUGAUAAGACGAUGAUAUUGAUGCUGGUAAAGUACAUCCUCAGACAGGACACGCCUUCUGCUCUGGAAGAUGCUCUGAAAAUAACAGAGGCAUAUAUGUUACCCACUGCAGAGGUCUACGUUUGGAAGAUUGCCGAUCUUAUUGACAAAGGAAAGGGGGAAGAUGUCAUCGAUCUACUGAAGUCUCUGUCUCUCUCUGAAGCCGUGGAAAUUGCUGAGAGAACCUUGAUUUGGGGGAAAAUUGCUUUGGAGAACGAAACAGACGACGGUGAAGAACAGAAGAUGCACCUGCAGGUAAAAAAGGCUCUGGUAGAAAUUCUCAAAUUCCUGCUUGGUUGCCAGAAAGAAAAUCCUUUGCAGAAAGAAGAGUAUGAGAAAGAUUUAAAAACAUUUAAAGUUCUUGUAACUCUGCAGGAGAACUUUGGUAUCUGCAUUUCAGUCAGAGAUUAUUGCGAUCCCUCAGUACUUGCUCAGCUCCUUGAAGACAGCAUUCAAGCCUAUGAAAAAACGAGGAGACGUACAAAUCAGCAAGAGGGGGAGACCAAGCCGGGAGAUCCCAGCGUAAAGCAAGAGCUGACUCAGAUUCGACUUUACAGAUUGGCUUUCCUUCUGCAAAAGACAGAAGCUGAAAUGGGGAGAGAGUUGGCCCUUCGAGCAUUGGAGAACGGAAAGGUUGAGGAGGCACUACAAAUAUGCAGCUACUUUUAUGAAUACCACCAUAACGAAGAGGCAGGACAACUGUUGUUCCUAGUGUCUCAAAAGCUUUGUCAUAUGUUGGGGUCCAACAUUCCUAUGGUUGUGCCAGGAGGAGUCAAUCUGCCAGAUACAAUCAACAAGAUGGCCUGCCAAGCAGCUACACUCUGCAGUCCUGAUCUUUUUCUAGAUAUAUUGGAGUUUUGUAAAUACACUUCAUUUGCCCAUGAAACUUAUGCAAAAUGUCAAAUGGAAGACUUUGGAUUUAUACCAAAGGCAACCUAUCUUGGCACCGAUAAAGAUCCUUACGCAGAAUGGACGUUUGAGGAGUUUUUUACUGAAGAUGGGGCAGUUCUGGACCCACCCGCUGUGCUUCCUUUUGUGUACAAAAUUGCGUCUUCCCUUGUGCCUCCGGCAGAAUGGAAAGUUUAUCCUCUGGAAUCUACCAGCUUGGCAUAUUGUCCAUUCGAACAAGGAAGGAACCGUUGCUGUUUAUGCAAGAACGCGAUCUCCGGCCUGCUGAACAGCCUCCAGGAAUGUAGCCAGUACGAGCUGGCUCUAGGGCUGGUCUCCUCCUCUUUCGGGUCCCUGUUUCAGCACAUGAUUUCCAACAACGUGGAUGUCACUCUGAGUAAAAAGCUGUAUGACCAGAAGAUGUUAGAGGAGGCUCGAGGGUUCCUCCUGGCAGUGGUGCAGAAUUCGACAUCAGCGAUCCAGAGCAUUGUGACAGCUCUGUUGCACAAGGUGUUCAACGGUCACCAAGUGGAUCACAACCUGGCCUUCGGCUACUGCACCCUCUUACCCAAAGCAGUUAUAUUUGGAAAACUCUGGGACAUCAUCAACCAAACAUCGCAGAACUACAAGAAGAUCCUGGCCGUUGCUCUUGUGGGAUCACAGUUAGCUCUUCACUACGGAGACACCCAGGAAAAGAAGGGAUUUGGGGACUUAGUCACCGACGCCGAAUGGGGCAUGAAGCUGGGAAAGCUUGGGAUCUCUUUCCAGAAUAUAUUCAGGAUGCCCUCAGUAAGGAAGAAAGAGCUUCUCAGGACAUUGGUUCAACACCCUAAUGCAGAUACCAACCUCAUCCUGCAAUACUGCAGAACUUUCCUUUUGGAGACAGAUGCCGCCCUGCAGCUCUAUAUCAAAAAGCAUCUCCAGAACGCCAGUUGCGGGAAAGGAGAAUUGGCACAGGAUGCCGGGAAGCAGCCUCACGUUUUGGUGGUGGCCAGCGCCAUAGAAACCAUUCCACUUCUUAGCAGCACCACGGACUUGGUGACGAGCCUCAGUGCGAUGCUACACAAAGUUGAUCCAUAUGACUAUGAAGCCAUUGAAGGUCUUCUGACAGUGAUCGAAAGAGCUGGAGGGCCGGCCACAGGCCUCCCACUGAACUGGGCCACCACGCUCCUAAAACACUUGAAAUCCUAUAAAAGGGUUUCUCCUCCUGGCGAUCUGGAGCAACAGUACGCCUUCGAUCAGGCCGCUUGUCUGUCACCAGCUGCUCAAACUCGGCUGCCUUUCCAUUUGAUCUUCUUUAGAACUUCACAGUGCUUCUGGAAGAUUAUCUCUGCAGAAAUCAACGAGGAAUCGUUCCCAAAGCUGCUUUUGAUAUGCAAAGUCAUGAAGGUUUCCCUGGAUAUCCUCCAUGUGUCUGCAGCUAACCGCAUCUUCCAAGAGCAGCUGAAGCCAAGGCUCUUGGCAAGAAGUAAUGGGCAAUUGUGGCCGGCUGACGAGAAAACCGAGAAAACCCUGCAGGUUGUUCAGACUUACUUGCUGUCGAUCGCUAACCCAGAAUGGGCCACUGCGCUCGCCCACAAAAUAGCUCAAGAGCUUCCAACAGGGCCCACCAAGGUCCAGAUGUUGAAAAUAUGCCUCAACUUAGCAGAAAAAUGGCUGAAGAAUACAACAGUAACGGAUGACUCUCGUGCGAAGGCCCAGGUCCAUCUCAAGAAGCUGCACCUGCAGCACCAGAAGUCGGCCACAGAAGCUGUCCUGGCAGCCCAGAAACUGAACUCAGAGGACCAUCAGAAGCUCCUUGGCAAACCUGCCAACCUGAUCAUCCUGCUCUAUCAGCACAGCAGCAUCGUUGAAAGAAUCCAGAAUCCUGCAGGGAGAGAUUACCCAGAUAUCCAUGCUGCUGCUAAAGAAAUAGCUCAACUUAACAACUUGGAUCUGAAGAAAAUCUGGGAUAUGCUCUUGGAGAGAUGGCUGUGUCCAGAUGUCCUCCCGGCAGAUGCGGCUUCCAAGGAUUCCAAAAACAUUCCAGAAGAUGAAGACUUGAAGCGGAUCAUAUACCUUCUUCGACCUUACCCAGUAGAUAACCAGUUAAGGAUUCUCUAUGAAUGUGCAGUAUCUGUGACAUCUCCCAUAGGGGUCAACCAGCUGACCUUCGCUCACAGGAGCCGAGCUCUUCAGUGUCUGCUCUUCCUGGCGGAUUCCGCUGCUGUUGAAUCGCUCUUCAAAAAGCCCAUCAAGAAAGUGAGGAACUUUAUGAAAUGCUUUGUUUACCUCGCAGAGCUGGAAAUUCUGAACAUUCCUUACACCUAUGAAUCCUUUGAUAGGACACCGAAGGAAGGCAUGAUUAAAGGGCUGUGGAAAAACCACAGUCAUGAACCCAAGGCAGUAAAACUGGUGGCCGAGCUUUGCUGGGAGUACAGCGUGCACGACCCCGUGCUCUGGAAUGGUUUGCUGCAGAAGCUAAUGUGCUUCAAAAUGGUCCACUAUUUGAGGAAAGUUUUAGUGGAGACUUCUGGCAUUUAUUCCUUAUGGCCGAUUCCAAAUUACAGCCGAGCCUGGCAGAGCGUCAUUCUGGCUCCACUUCUUUCAGCUUUAGGUCUGCCGGAUCUCGACCAACUGGAAGCCUGUUACGGGACUUUCAAGACGCUACUGAUGUGUCCCGUCCUGGCGGAUCUGGACUUAAUUGGGAUCGCAAAGCGGUACACCCAGUUAGGCCUGGCGGCUUUGGCCUUGGGAUGCCUUUUGCUGAUUCCGCAGCCGGAGAAAAGAGCCCGGCAGAUUCAGGGCUUUCUGUCCUCGUCCGAACUUGAGCUGGUGCUGCGGCAGACGGAAGAGCACCUGAGCCUGGGAGAGGCUGCUGGUGUUGCUUCGCAGGUUAGGAGUUCAACCCUGGACUACAUCCUACAGGAGACAGAGAAGGACUUGGCCGAUGUCAAAUAUUUUCCAUUAUUAAAGUUACCGGAAAGGCAUCCUGGCCAGGUGAAAGGCCUAGUUGAAAGACUUGUAGCUAAGAACAGAAUGGAUGAUGCGGCAUCUCUAAUAACAGAGUGUCUUCAGAAAUCUGAAACUCCUCUUCCGACAAGCCAGACGGCUUCUGAAGUUGUGAAGAUCUACUUCAGUGAGCUGGCACAACCUCUGUUGUAAAUCCUCAAAGAAGAUUACUUUCUUUUUUUUUUCCUUUUCUGCAGGACAACAUUGUCAGGAUAUAUAAAACUUAAGGUUUUAAUCCCAAUUCUCCUUGUGAAACAUAUUUAUCAAUAUGUCAUUUCUCUGUAUAUUAUGCUAAAUUUAUCACACAAAACAGAUGCCCACACUUCAUGGGUGUUUAUAGAAAAUACCUCUGGCAAACUCACUCCUCUGUAUCCCUUUGAUAGUCCCAUACCAUAAUAGCUAUGGAAUGGUUUUAUAUGAGGAGAAAC